AUGACACAGCCUCCGCGACGACCCACCGCGACCGCCGAGCCAGUCUUCCUCGGCGCCACAUCCAUCCCAAGUCCAUGGCCCGAGCCGGCCACCAACAUCCCCGUCUUUCGGCACCCGCCUCCCCCGCCGCCGCCGCAGAAGCACCCGCACGGGAAGCACCGGUCCCGCCCCGCCCGCCUCAUGCGUUCGGUGCGCGCCGCAUUCCGUUCGUUCCCAAUUCUCCCGGCACCGUCCUGCCGUGGGAUGCCGUCGCUGCCCCACCUCCCGAGCCUCAACGGUGCCAGCCUCGUCAGGAACCAGUUCCAUGGCUCUACGCGCACCACGGGGACGCUGUACGGCCGCCGGCGGUCGCGCAUCACCAGCGCCUUCCACGACAACCCGGGAAGCCCGCCGGGAUUGCUGUUGGAGAUGUGCGUGCCGACGGCCAAGUUUAUCCAGGACGUCAGCGCGGCCGGCAUGGUGCGCGUCACGCUCGAGUGCGACAAGCAGCAGCAGUACCAGCAUCAGCACGCGGGCGAAGCGUCGCCGGCGCAACGGCAGCUUAUGGACGAGCCGACCUGGUCGGCGGAGGUGAACGGCGAGAGCGUGGGGCACGCGUCUCGGCGGGAGGCGACGGAGGAGGACGAGCGGGUGAUGCGGCUGCUGUACGCCACGUCCAUGGGCGCCGGCGUGCUGCCGGACGACGUGGCCGAGUAUGCCAACGGCGAGCUCACGUACAUGCGCGUGCACUUCGACCGCGUCGUGGGAUCCAAGGACUCUGAGACGUACUACGUGUACAAUCCCGAGGGCACCGCCACCGGGCCGGAGCUCACCAUCUUCUUCGUUAGGAAUUGA